UUGAGGCAUGAUGAGUGAUGCAUACCAUGGGAACAUCCUCCCACAUCCAACCAGACCGGUUUGGCUAGAAAGGUUGGAAAGGAGUCAGGUACUUUUCUGAGUGCUUUGGUCUGUGUGUGUGCGUGUGUAUGUGUGCAUUCAAGGAUACCAGAGAGUGUUUCAAGACAAGGUUUUAUUUUUUCAUCCCUUAAGGUUUUAAACAGGUAAUAAGAAAAUAUAAUGGAUAUCAAGAUCCCUUGAUGAAUGGUGUUGACGAAGAUGUUUGAAAAGUCAAAGGAGAGAAUGGUUUUCUUUUUGCUGGACUUUCCUGGCGGUACGAUGGCGAUGCCGUAAUUUCUACACGGACUGUCUGAGGUUUUAAGCGUGUACUACCGUGGGGAUCUGGACUGUAUGGGGCGCCAUGGCAGUGAUCAUAGAGUACACUGACAUGCUGGGGGUUAAACACCUGGGUCUGCAGAACAUGCCCUUCCCAGACCUGGUCAAGUACUGCGUCCUGGGCGUCUCUGGGCUGCUACUGCUGCUGGCCCUCGGCAUCUUCCUGUGGCAGAUCUUCAGAUGCUGCACACAGAACAACGCCACGCAAGAUACAAGUGAUGACCACUGGGAAUCACACACAGUUGCCAGCUUCUUGCAGGGGCCGAGCGCUUUGAAUGGAGGGCCGGGCCGGAGGAGGACUCUGAAUCAUCCCCCCACCCUGAAAGGGGGCGCCACCAGGGAGCUGGGAGAGCCCAGCGAGGACAAGGUCAGCGGGUCACUGCGCUUCUCCCUGUUCUACGAGCCGCUGCCGUCCCGCCUGGUGGUCACCAUCCUGCAGGCGGAGGGGCUACAGAGGCGCAGCCAGGCCCACAGACCACACCCCUUCGUCAGGCUGAGGCUGAUGUGGGAGGAGCCGGAGAACCAGGAGCAGAAGAGCUCACUGAUGAAUGAGAAGGGUGAGGGGGAGCAGCCCGCUCUGUGCUCUGCGCUGCAGGAGUGGCACACGCGCGUCGUGAGGGACAGCUGCAGCCCUCUGUUCGGAGAGCAGUUCAGCUGUGCCCUGCUGCGGCAGCACGACCUCCCUCGCGUCACGCUCCGCAUGGAGGUUAAAGACUUUGAUGGCUUCUCUCGACACAUGGUCUUGGGAGAGGUGAGGGUUCCCCUGAGACAUCUGGACAUGUCCUAUCCUUUGGAACUACGAGAGCCUCUGCAGACACCACAGAAGGACCCAGUAGGACAGGUUCUGCUCUCCUUGAGGUUCCUUCCUGCUGCCCAGAGGUUAGAGGUCGGAGUGCUCAAGAUCAGAACGCUGCAGACGGACUCAGAUUCUGCCCUGCAUGCCCGGAUCAGUGUGCGGUGCGACCAGUCCAAGCUACGCCAGCAGAGGACUACUGCUGUCCACCAGGGCCAGGUGACGGUGUUCAAUCAGGUCCUCAUGUUCUCCCUACUGGAGUUCCCGCCACAAGAGUGCAGCAUUGCGCUAUCCGUGUACAAGACGGGCGGUAACAGGAGACAUAAGCAUCUGGUGGGUCAGCUGACCGUAGCGAAGCAAAGGAGAGCAGAGGACCUUCACUGGACCUUGAUGAUGCACUCCGUGCGCCAGCCAAUAGCAAUGUGGCAUCAGCUGCUGACCUAAGCUGAGGCUGAAGACGUGAGAAAGCAUCAAAGACCGUUCCCAAAGACCAUCAAGAUUAGAAACAACGCUGCCUGGGGUCCACACUCCACUGGGACACAACACAAGUGCUUCUCAGAUAUAUAUUUAAGAAAAAAACGAUGCACUCUUAGAAACUUUUUACAUAAAAUAGUAUGAGUUUGCAAUGGUGGGCAGUCGUAAAGGUUUCUGUUGCGAAAGAACAGAGAUUCAGAGAUGUCUCUGGCUGAUGCUCACGGCUGGAGAGGUAGCUCUGGGCAUGACAUUCAUUAGCAGUGACUUUUUCUGCCUAAACUCAACACAUUUAGGUGCAUCCUGUGCUAGGUCUGCAUAACAAUAAACAUAAUUAACUAUU